AACCUCACCGAUAGUUGGCGCUCGCAGAUGAUUAUUUUCAAAUGCAAUCGGACUAUUGACAUAUAACCUUGAGAAGCGCAUUCUGAAUAAUUAUGUUGCCUCUGACUUUGUUAAAAACAGCGCAAAACCAUCCUAUGUUGGUGGAAUUAAAAAAUGGGGAAACAUAUAACGGCCAUUUAGUCAGCUGCGAUAACUGGAUGAACAUAAACCUUAGGGAGGUUAUAUGUACGUCAAGGGAUGGUGAUAAAUUUUGGAGGAUGCCAGAAUGCUAUAUAAGAGGCAGUACAAUAAAGUAUUUAAGAAUUCCUGAUGAAGUGAUAGACAUGGUGAAGGAAGAUAUACAGAUGAAAUCGAGAGGACGUGGUGAAAUGAAAGGUCGAGGCCAGAAUCAGAGGGGACGUGGUGGUGGUAGAGGUACCUUUGGCAGAGGAGGAAGAGGUCCAGCACCAUUAGGCCGUGGAGGUGGCACACAAGUUGGCAAUAAAUCACAAAAUAAACCAAGACCUAAAUGAAAUUAAAUUAUAUUAAUUAUAUUUCAUUUCGAUUGAAUCACUUCGCAUCUAUUCGAAAUCUUAAUUUCGAAAAAUUUGUCGAUAUUCAAUUCCCUAUUAUUUCAUUUAAUCUUAACCAUGUAAAUGUGAUAUUUCGAAUAUCUCUUGAAACUAUAAAAGCACAUGGUAUUCAUGUGAAUAUCUAAUCCUGAAUUCAUAUUCUACGUUGGCAGUAAAUUGCAUUCAAGAUUUUUUUCUUAUUAGAAAGUUAUUUAAAAUCUAUGAAAAUUUACUUUGUUAUUCAACUCCCGUUUGCAAAUAACAAGUAUAAUCGUGAUAAUUAUACGCGCGCAUGCACACAUACAAACGAAGCUUCGAAAAUAAAACUAAAAAAAUAUUUUUCUUUUUGUAAAUAUUUUUAUAAAUCACGUAGUAUAUUCAAGUUUAGUUAGUCGCAUACGUAAUGAAAUUAAGAUAGAUAAAAAUUCAAUCGUUGGAUUUACAUAAGAAUAGAGACUAGAGAAAAAAAAAUCAUGAAUCUUUAUAAAAGAAAGAUUUUAUUUUCAUCGUUCGCAUUCUUACAGGCUCAUGUAACGACUGUACUUGUGACAUAAAUCUAUUAUACAUAAUACUUAUUUUCUAAUAGAUGGAAUAAGACAUUCAAUGUACAAUUUAUACUAAUAAUGAUUUAUUAUGUUGACUGUCAAA